AAGAUUUUAUUGAAUGCUCCUGUAAACUGUGGAACAAUCCUUUAUGACGAAACCAAACUGUGGCUGGACAAGAUCAAAUUCCGUUUGGGAGGAAAAGUCAGCAUCAGGCGCCCUUAUCAAUGCGAAAUACUUCGAAACUUACCAAAAGAAAUUUUUUUGGCAUUUCGAAGUGGAGUUGUACGCUCUCGGUUGCAAGAUGUUGUUGAUAACAUUUCCCUCGCUGAAAAUAAUAAGUGCUAUGCGAUAUCAUUCACAAGGAUGGAAGCUGUUGUUGUAUUAUUCUCUGUGUUGUCAGGAAUGCCAGAAGGGACAGUCAGGUCAUACUUCACGAGGAGAGUGCAAAAUGGAAGAGCUAAAGUUAUAGUAAACUUGGAGAAAGACUUUGUCUUCCUUUACAAGAUCAAAGCUGGUCAACUCUUGAUAACAUUCCAUUAUGGAUUAUGGAACAAGUCUGGCUUCCCACUCCAUAGCUAA